UAAAUUCGAAUUGCCCUUACAAAUAUUGUGGCUUAUUUUAAUUUUUUUUUUUUCUCGGGCUUUUUUUUUUUUUUUUAGUUUGCAUACAAAAGUUUAAAAAAGAAAAAGAGACAGUUCUAUCUCUUUCCAACUUAUAACAUGUCAAUGACCGAUGCAGAAGUAGCCAUUGUGCUCAAUAACCCCGUGACAGCCGACACCGAGUUCAAUACCAUCGUACACCAAUUACAACAAGGAAAAUAUGCUCAAGUCAUCAAGGACAGCCUUGUGUUUAAAAACGUGGAUGGAGAAGCCUUUAAGGCCUCAGGCGACAUUCAAGCAUGGAUCAGCGACCGUCUUUCACAAUUGGAUGUAACCGAUGAGAACGUGCGUUUCCAUAUCCUGACCACAGGUAUUGCCUGUCUUAAUGCCUUUGUGCAAGUCAACUGGACUGGACCUGUGCUUGCCUUUUCCGUCUCCGAAUUAUUCCUGGGCCACCAUGACGACAGUUUAGAAAAGACCCUUCAUGAAGCAUGCCUCAAAUCACUUUCGGUUGACAGUGAAGAAGUCUAUCAUUUGACACAACAGCUUGGAUUAUUAGCCAUGGCACGUACAUUACUUUACGCUGUACGAUCCGACACCUUGACAGGUUCCUUCUGGGCCAUGCGUGCCACCUUUAUCCAACAGCAGUUAUUAGAUGAAUUCACAGCGUCACUUCAAAACGAAUUAAAGACAUUGGCAGAGGAGAGUGCCGCCCAAUUGACAUCUGCCAAGUUGGAUGCCGAAUCUACCGAAGCGCUCAAGAUUCGUCAUGAUUUGGAAGUGGGAUUAAUUUAUAAUUUCUUUGGACAAGACAAGGAAGCCUUGGAAAAGAUGGAAUCAGCACAAAAGGAAUCUGGAUUCACCUGGUCCCUGACAGGUUCCUUGGGUCGUCGUACAAAGUUUCAGACAUUUGAUAUCUCACAACUGGUCGUUUUAGCCGAAAGUAAAAAAAAGUCAAGCACCAACGAAGAUGCACUUCGUCCCGAGACCUUGGAUUUAAAUGACGAUACCGUCUUGGAACGUAUCGCCUUUACUGAGAACGAAAAAAAUCAAACCGAAUCCGAUCAACGUCAUGGUAACUUGAACGUCAUUGAUCAAUGUCUUUUACUCGCCUUUUGUUUGAAUGUCAAGAACACCAAUCCCGAUCAUGGUAUCACUGCAGAGCAAAUGGUCCCUUAUGUCACCCGUGUACUGGAAAAUGCCAAUAAUUGGAUGGUCCAUACCAUGGGUUUAUUGUUACGUUCGCGUUUGGAAUCCAAUAAAGGUCGUACCGUAGAACGUUCUGCACUUCAAUUGCAAGCCUUGGUAGAUCAAGUCAAAGUGGAGGAUUCAGGUGUAGAGGAACGUCUUGCUUAUUUCUACGAUUUAUUAAUUCCUAGUAAAUGGGAAAUGGAACGUGAGUUAGCCCGUCGUUUUGUGUCACUUGGUGUGAUUCGAUCUGCUGCCGAAAUCUUUGAGCGUUUAGAAAUGUGGGAAGAUGUUAUCUCUUGUUAUCAAAUGUUGGAACAACCUGAGAAGGCCAAGGACAUUUUGAAGAAUUUGAUGGAAAAAAACCCCAAUUCACCAAAGUACUGGUGUAUUCUGGGUGACCUGGAAGCCGAACCCGCCCAUUGGCUCAAGUCAUGGGAAAUCUCCAACCAUCGUUAUGCCCGUGCUAUGCGUAGUUUAGGUUCUUACCAAUACAAGCGUCAAGAUUAUUUAGGCGCCAUUGAUAGUUACCAAAAGGCCCUCAAUAUCAACCCUCUGUUUGAAGGCUCCUGGUAUAUCCUUGGAUGCGCUGCCAUCUUUGCAGAGAACUGGGAGGUCGGAUCGCGUGCUUUCCAACGUGUGGUUGCCUUGGACGAUGAUCAACCGGAAGCUUGGAACAAUUUAGCCAGUAUCUAUCUUCGCAUGAACCGUAAGACAGAUGCCUUUUUAGCGUUGAAGCAAGCCACCAAGAUCAAGUUUGAUAGCUGGAAGAUGUGGGAGAAUUUAUUGUUUACGGCAGUGGAUGUGGGACAAUUUGCAGACGCCAUCUAUGCCAUGCAACGUAUUGUCGAAUUAAGAUGGGAUUCUGCUCGUGAAAAGGCGGUGGAUAUCGGUGUUUUACGCAUGAUUGUUGAAAAUGUCAUUCAAAACUGGAAAGAUCCUCAUGAUCGUGAUGGUGCUCGACUCUCACACCACGUUCAACGUUUGUUAGAAGAAGUUAUCUUGACACGUAUUACCAACUCACCGGAUAUUUGGAUGAUCUGUGCUAAAUUUUAUUUGUGGCAGCAACGUUAUGCCGAGGCUUUGGAAACCUCGGUCAAGGCCUAUCGAUCGGUCAUGCAUGAUCCUCGUAUCGAAACUGAGGAGACAGUGUUUGAUGAUGUGACCAUUGUCGCACUUGAAACCGUAGAUAUGUACGAGAAUUUAGGUGAUAAAAAACAAGAUGGUGCUCCCGUAUGUGCAGAUUGGCGUUAUCAAGCUCGUUUGAUCCUGAAGGGUUUAAUGGGUAAAGUACGUGAUAUUUUUGAAGAUACCAAAUCCUAUGAACAAUUACAGGAACGUAUGACCGAUUUAAAGAACGCAUAGACACUACCCUCCUUUUUUUUUUACCAUUUCCUCCUCCUCCCCAUCCCAUUUUUACACAUUUUUAAUUAUCCCCAACAAGUUAGAAAAAAAAAAUUAUUAUUCGCAUUAAUCAAUAAUUGUAUCAAUAAAAAAAAAAUGUAUGUUACAAAAA